GCCAGCACUGUAACACAGUAUCUGUCCCGAGUCCCCAGCCAAAGGCACAAUGGCAGCCAGCAUUGAGGUUCCUGCGUCCCGCACAGCAAGGCUACUGUCAGCCCUCUUCUAUGGACUCACUUCCUUCCUCAUUGUCCUGGUUAACAAGUCUGUGCUCACUGCCUACAGGUUUCCAGCUUCCACAUUUCUUGCAGUUGGGCAGAUGGGAUUUACAAUUGUUAUACUGUACACAGGAAAAACAAUGGGAUUCAUUACUUUCCCAGAUUUUGACAGACAGAUCCCAAGAAAGCUAUUUCCCUUGCCUUUGCUGUACAUCGGAAAUCAUUUAACAGGAUUAUUAAGUACACAGAAGCUCAGCUUGCCGAUGUUCAGUGUCCUGCGAAAAUUUAGUAUCUUAUUUACUUUAAUCCUUGAGAUGAUCAUACUAAGGAAAAGAUACUCACUAUCUGUUGCUUUAAGUGUAUCAGCCAUGAUGAUCGGCGCUUUUAUAGCAGCCAGUUUUGAUCUUACUUUUAAUUUGGAAGGAUACUGCAUUGUGUUGUUGAAUGACUUGUUCACAGCUUCAUAUGGGGUUUAUACCAAAGAAAAAAUUAACCCUAAGGAAUUGGGAACAUUUGGAGUCCUUUUUUACAAUGCCACAUUCAUGCUUUUGCCAGCAUUAGUUCUCACUGUAUGGACUGGAGAAUUUGAGAAAGCUACACAGUAUACUGAGUGGACAAACAUUUACUUUGCUUUCCAAUUCCUCCUUUCCUGUUCCAUGGGAUUUUUAUUGGUAUAUGCAAUAGUGCUCUGCAGUUACUACAACUCAGCUCUUACCACUACAGUCAUUGGAGCCCUCAAGAAUGUAUCCAUCGCCUACAUCGGAAUUUUUCUGGGUGGAGAUUAUAGUUUCUCUUGGUUAAAUUUUUUAGGUUUAAAUAUUUGCAUGGCAGGUGGAGUGGCAUAUUCUUUUGUAACAUUGUGGGCAAUACCAAAAACAACAGAGAGCAUUCCAAAGACUGCUGUUUGGGACAAAAACAAGAGAGCUGUGUCGCAACGUGUGGAAUCAGACACACACAAGCCUAACGUUAUUUAAGAAAAUUCAGACUGCUGAACAAAACAGCUAAACUUACAUUCUGUUGAAGCCGUUUUAUAACACAUUGAACCUAUGAAAAUGUUUUGUACUUAGACAUGUGUUUUUAUGGCAGAAGAGCCAAAGCUGGAGUUUACACUGUGAAGAACCACA